AUGAUUGAUAGUCGUGUAGGCAAGGAAGCUCGAGAACAUGGUACACCAUUUCUUGGCGUAAAGCAAUCAUCACCAAACCUACUCUCUGCGAAUGCAUCGAAUGCAACUGAUGUACGCUUCUCAAAAGAAGCACUUUUACAGUUUCUACUAUUUUUGGUUUCAGUUCUACGUCCCAAGAUAGUGAGACAAAAAUUGGAGAGGGAACUACCUUCGGACUACUGUGCCGAUUAUGUGUUUGACAUCAUUAAAGAGCGAAUUGGGUUCACUGAAGGAGUUAAAGUGUACUACACAAAUGCAAGUACAAUUCAUGAUCGGGAAGAAUUGGUCCCUUUGGACACUACCGUUGAAAGCGGUAGGAGAACGUUGCUGAACCUUGCGGGAGGUCGCAGCACGCUUACUUUUGUGGCCACGAAACCUGGCGUCCACGUAUUCAAGGAUUAG